AUGUCUCGAGGUGAAUUAGACCCUGGUCAUUUAAUGUCAUUACUGGCUACUACACAAACCUUACAACGUUCACUCUCACAGUUAUCUUUACUAUAUGGUCAAAUAGUUCGUGGAUCGACUGCUUUGAAGCGCAUUCAUGAUAUAUUAAAACUCCCCAGUGGAAUUGGAAAUACUUCGUCAUCAUCAUCAUCAUUUCCAGAUAAGAUGUAUGUGAAUGAAACAAAAAUUAACCUAUUCACCAGUGUUCAAUUCGCUUAUCCUAGUCGUCCAGAAAAAGAAAUAUUCAAUAACUUGUCAAUGUGUCUACCAGGUGGCAAAGUGAUUGCAUUAGUUGGCCAAUCAAGAGCAGGUAAAUCUACUGUAGUCUCAUUACUGGAACGAUUUUAUGACCCGAAAGCUGGUCAGAUAUUGUUAAACAAUCAUAAGUUGACUGAUUUUAAUGUGAAUUAUCUACGUAGUAAACUAAUUGGAUACAUUAGUCAAGAACCAGAAAUAUUCAAUACUACAAUCAGAGAAAAUAUUCGAUUCGGCCGCUUUGAUGCAACUGAUGAAGAGGUUGAAGAAGCUGCAAAAUUGGCUCAUGCUCAUGAAUUUAUUACACAUGAUUUACCUAUGGCUGUGAUACAGAAGUUGGUCAAGAAUGCUCCAAUUCUAUUGAUGGAUGAAGCUACAUCAGCUUUAGACGCUGAAUCUGAAGCAAAAGCACAAGAUGCAUUAAACUUUGCUAUGAAAGGUCGGACAGUUCUCAUCAUUGCGCAUCGAUUGAGUACAGUACGAAAGGCUGAUCUAAUUCUAGUUAUGUGUAGAGGACAAAUAAUUGAGAGAGGAACACAUACAGAAUUAAUGGCUAAUCAAGGAUUCUAUUAUGAUCUUGUACAAAGACAAGAAGGUCGUGAUUUGUUAGAUUAG